CUUAACUGAUGGAGUGUUUUUUUAAAUUAUCAGAACUUAAUCGUAAAUACUAUGCGGUACAGUGAACACCGAGUCUUAUUUUCGUGGAACUUUUAUCUUUGACACACGACAGAAUGAAACUAGGGUUUGGCUUUUGGAAUAUUUAGAUAACAUGGAUACAUUUUCUCCUAUAGCCCACCCUGGAAAAAAUACAAAAGCCAUAGACGAACACAUAACAGAUAUAAUCAAUAAAUAUUUUACAAAAGAACAAGCUUCGUUUUUCAACAAAAAUGAUGGAACAAAUCGAAAGCAUAUCAAAACAGGAGAAACUCCUUUGCACAUCGCUAUAAGGUACAAACAAACAGAAUGCGUAGAACAACUGAUUUUACUUGGGGUUAUGAUACAUACCAAAGACAGAAUAGGAAAUAAGCCAAUACAUUCUGCUGCUAUGUAUGGACAUUCUGAUAGUAUUGAAUUCCUGUUGAGAAAAAAACAGGAACUUGUUCAUGAAAUAAAUGAUCGAAAAGAAACACCUUUGCAUCUAGCUGUUCGGUAUGGUCAUUGUCCUUCUGCCGCAUUGCUAAUCAAAAAUGGAGCUUCAUUACAAGUCGAAGACAAUAUUAGAGAUACACCAAUACAUACAGCAAUACAGUACAAACAGAAAGAAUGUUUACAACUUCUUCUUGAAAAUGGAAGUUCAGUGUUUGUUCUGAACAGAACAGAUGAUUCACCCAUGGCAGCAGCUCAAGAUUUACAAGAUGAAUCGCUUAUUGGUAUAUUGCAGGAGUAUCAAUUUCAAGGAUUAUUUAGUGAUAUGGCAGGGCUUGGCAUUGAAACAAAAGAGGAGUUUGAGAGUAUGCUGAGUAGCGGGUCAUACCGUUGUUAUUGGAACAGAUCAUUUUUGGUUGGUGCUUAUAAUGUUGGUAAGACGACUUUGGCAAAGAAUUUGGUUGGCGAUCCAAUUCCAGAAGAAAGAAGGUCUACAGAUGGAAUUUGGAUUUAUCUCGGUAGAGCUGGGAUGGAUAUAGACGAGAAAAAAUGGAUUUUUGUCCCACAAGGUACAGUAUUAAACGCAGCAGUUCAAAGCAUGCUGAUAAGUUCUAGCCAACAACAAGAAUCGAAAGAAAAAAUGGAAAACCUUGAAGAUAGUGAUGACACUGGUUAUGAUGAAAGCAAUGCUAUAUUUCUAAGAGAAGUUUAUGCGGAUAAAAACACGAAUAGAGGAAGGAAACUCCUGCCAAAUCCAGUGAUAACAACAGGAACAGAAGUGAAUACGAGAAAGCAAUUCCCUACGCCAGGUCCUUCUCUUUCCGAAACAGGACAAACGGAUCCCAAUAAAAGUGAUAAGUCAGAUGCUCCAGUGCAAGUUUCACAUACAGUACAGCAAAUAUCGUUUAAAGAGGAAAAAUUCAGAGAAAAAAUACUAACAAACGAUGAAAUCCUCAACUUGGUUUUAUCGGCAGUCAAGGAUGGUGAAUACAAGAUGAAACUGGUUCCAAUAGAUUUAUGGGAUUUUGGAGGCCAAAAAAUAUACUAUAUGACCCAUCAAUUGUUUAUAUCAAGCAGAGGAAUAUUCAUUAUAAUUUUUAAUGGCAGCAAGGAAAUUCACAAGGAAAUGUCAGAUCUAUCGCACCUUCCAGGUCAAUCCGGAAAGAAAACAAUGGCAGUUUACUUAUUGCAUUGGGUCAACUCUAUACUUACUUACUGCAAAACAUCAAAAGCUGGAUUUCCUAAAAUACUGUUUGUUGCCACUCACAAAGAUCUGAUCAAAAAGGCAAAUAUAAUUAAACAUAAGGAAAAACUCACUGGUUCUAUAGAGAAACUGUUUGAACACCAUACCGGAAGAAAGCAUCUUCAGAUUAACCCACUCUUCUUUGUAAAUGCCAAAGACAAAAAUGACCUGGAAGUAGAUGAAUUGCGUAAGGCAAUAGUAGAAGUUGCAUUUGCACAUCCAAGUUGGGGUGAACCAAUGCCAACCGUGUGUGUUCCUUUGGAUCUACAACUUAUGGAGCAUGCCAAGAAUGGUCGGAAAAUUAUGUCACUGGUUGAAAUUGAAGAAGUUAAUGCUACAAAUAAUACGAUGGUACUGACAGCUUCCCAACUUACUACCUUUUUGAAGUUACAGCAUGCACUUGGGAAAUACAUCUACUUCAGUGAAGGCCAGUUGAACAAGUACGUCGUCAUUGAUCCAUCUUAUUUAGUUGAGGUCCUUAAAUCUGUAGUCACAGAAGAAGAGUUUUGGCCUGAAAAUGAAGAAGUCAGAAAAAUCUAUUUGUCUUUAAGAGAUGAAGGCAUUUUAAGAAAGGUCGAUCUUCUUACGUUAUGGGGACAAGAGGAAUACCGACAUAUACAAGCAUACAAGGAUUAUUUGAUAAACAUGCUGAUAUAUUUGGAUAUCUUAAUUGAACCCAGGUCAAAUGUCUUAGAAGAAGCUGGUGUAGAAAUUGAAACGCAAAAAUACUAUGUGCCUUGCAUGAUCAAACAAAAAGCAAAAAGACCAAAAGUAAAAUCCGAUUCCAGUAUCCUCUUAGCAUACGCUUUCAAUGAAGAUGUCAUACCUCCAGCCUUCAUGUACAGAUUUCUUGGUACUUCUAUGUCAAUGUGGACGAUCAAAUCAAUAUUCACCGACUGUGCAAUCGUUCAUGUUGACGAUUGCCAUGAAUUAAUAUUAUAUGCAGACGGGAAAAGGCUAAUUAUAGAACUAGUUCAUAAAACAAGAAAGCAAAGUAUUGUUGGAACUGUUGCAUCUACGGUACAAGAGUGUUUGACAAGAGCUAUCAUUGAAAUAUCUAAAUUUUACUGGUCCGCCACAGAUAGCGAUUUUUCAAUUGAUUUAGAGUCAACAAAGAAGACCGUUUCGGAGUUUUCAUGCGUUCAAAUUGAUGAAAGGACAGGGAAUCAACAACGGAUAAUCCCUUAUGUAAUAGAGUUUGGUGUUAGGUGCUCAUCUACUUUAUGUUUCUUCCAACAUAACCUGACCACAGAAAAUCAGAACUACCGUUGGAAAUGUCCAAAGCACAAAAAGAAACAUGAUACUAAGGACCUACGACUGUGGUUUGCUGAAAAAAAAAUACAGAAUGUAAAUAAGAGCUAUGAAUUGGUUUGUGAACAGUCAUGCUUAGGUUUGGGAGAAUUGGAACUCGACCAGUGUCCCUCAGAUCAACACAUUGGACGUCUUGUCUUUGGUUUAAACGUUGAAGUAGUUAGGCAGUUGUUUAUCAAUCUAGAUAUGCAAGCAUGUCAAUGGGAUGGUUUGCAAUACGAAUAUACCUGCUCUGAAAAAUUAAAAUUCUUUGCGUUGUGGAAAUGGAAACAAAAAGAAAAAAACUCAACGUUUAGGCAUCUAGUAAAUGCUUUGAAUACUGUAUCGACAGAUCAUCAUAAAUUGUGUGAAGUCUUCAGAAAUAUAGAGAUACCUUCUGAUAAAUUACGUGUAACUGAUGCAGCCUUGUCAACAACCCCAGAUAGGUCCGUUCUUGAAAACUUGUCAAACAACAUAGGAAAAGAAAAUCUGCAGCUUGGCCUAGAGCUAGGGUUAAAGGGUGUAGAAUUGCAGGAAAUUGCAUUCAAGCAUAAAACUAAUUUGAUGAAGCAGACCACAGAAAUCCUUAAACAAUGGAGAAGGAGUGAACAGCCAUUAUCUGUCUUAGCUAAAGCAUGUUACAGAAUUGAUCAAUUCGGUGCUUUUGACAAAUGCGUCUAGAGUUGAUACAGAAUUCAUAGUUUAACACUUGACAGUAACGAUAAUGAAUGUUUUGAUAUUUUUUUAAUUAAUUUAUAAGAUCCAUGAAAUACAAGAUCCAUGAAGAAUGCAUGUAAAAUAUAGAUGCAUAUUUAAUCUAAUAAAAUUAUAGCAUUUA